AAACGAGCAGGCGGAAGUCAUUUUCCCCGUCGGAUGAAUGGCAGUCACGGCGGUGAGAGCGGCGGCAGCCGCGGGAGGUCCGGCGUCUUUGUCCCGCUUCAGGGGAGCGCUGGUCGCAGGUGUGCUAGGAGACUGUAUCGGAGGAGAGUUUGAAGGGGCGGAGGAGGUUCCCAUGGAGAGUGUGCUGCAGCACCUCAGCAGCCUGGACGACGAAACUAAAGGAACAAGUAUCCUUGAAUACAGUGAUGACACAGCCAUGGCACGCUGUGUGGCUCAGUCUCUACUCACCAGGACUGGCUUUGAUGAGCACGACAUGGCUCGCAGGUUUGCAAAGGAGUACAGUGCAUCCCCACAUCGUGGUUAUGGUGCUGGAGUGAUCCAGGUGUUGAAGAAGCUCUCAUCCCCCCAGUUAAAUGACGUGUAUCAGCCAGCGAGGGACCAGUUUAACGGUCGGGGCUCCUUUGGAAAUGGAGGGGCCAUGAGAGCAGCUCCCUUUGCCCUGGCCUUUCCGGACUUGUCUGAUGUUAAAAGGUUUGCCCAUCUGGGCGCCAUGCUGACGCACUCCUGCUCUCUGGGUUAUAAUGGGGCGGUGCUGCAAGCGUUAGCUGUGCACCUGUCUCUGCAGGGGGCACUGGACUUGCCUCACCAGUUCAUCAGCAGGCUAAUUAAAGAGAUGGAGGAAGUGGAAGGUGAUGAGACUGCACGCAAUGAUGCAAGAAUUUUAAAAGAAGCAGAGAAGCCAUUCUGUGAUCGUCUCCACCGAAUCAGAGACCUGAUGGACAGGAGCAAAGUUAGCAUAGAGGAAGUCAUCUCUGAACUGGGUAAUGGCAUUGCAGCUCUUCACUCCGUCCCCACUGCAAUUUUCUGUGUGCUCCACUGCCUGCAACCCCGGGAAUGCCUCCCAGAGAGCUACGGCGGCGUGGAGAGGACGAUAGCGUACAGCCUGGCGCUGGGAGGGGACACUGAUACCAUAGCCUGCAUGGCUGGGGCCAUCGCGGGGGCCCACUAUGGCAUCGAGACCAUCCCUCAGUCCUGGAUAAGAUGCUGUGAGGGGGUGGAGGAUGCAGACCAGUAUGCAGAGAGGCUUUACAAGCUGUACCACCAGUCACCACUGGGGGGCAAAGGCGAGCAGAGUGGCGAAAACAGGUCAACUGCUGCUAAUGGCACAGAGAAGAAAACUGGAGUAGAGUGAUGGAUCAGUCAGAUUGUCAUUAAAAGACUUUCACACACAUAAAGAACACGUAAAAAAAAAAUGACUUUAAAUUUUGUUUUGUUUGGAAAAGCUUUUUUUUUUUUUGGGAUCUUAAUGGUAUUAAAUAAUUUAAGCUUUGAGGAAGAAAGUGAUUUUUCCAAACUGU